GGUUUUGUGCGAUUUGGUGGAUGACCGCCAGGAGUCGCUGUUUUUAGUUUACGUACACGCCGAGGAUUUGAACUCCGCAGCACAAGAGAGCGCUUGAUUGUUGUGCGAGUAAAUGGCGGACGGAGCGGGGUUGUUAGAUUGUGAACAAUAACACGGCAAAGCUGCGAUUUUUGUGAGGUGAUCGGGCUAAGUGUCCCCACGGCACCUCGCACAGGGGGGACUCCGCUGCACGCACGGCACAGUAGGUCUCGCGGAGGCUUGUUUUGUUAGUAGCUACGGCCCUUGUAAGUGCAUUGGAGUUCCCAGUCAGGAAGUUGGUCUUCGGGGUGGGUAAUUAUGGGAGACUCUCUGGGUCUGGUUGGAAAGAGGUUGCUGCUUCUCUUUCGCGACGGGGGCUCCUCUGCAGGACCCGAACAGGAGCAGGCCGUCUGGACGCGCAGCUGGGUCCGAGGGACAGUCCGGGCGGUCAGCGUGAUUGGUUUGGCCAGUCCCGGGGUAGAGGUGAGCGGCGAAGAGGGAACAACAACAGCAACAGCAGCAGCGGGGCUGACGGUGUUUGUGGAAUUUGAGGACUGUCCCUGGCGCGCCCGUUCGUGGGUGCAGGUUUACGGGGAUGAGGUCCUGGCAGUGCUGGUGGAGAGCUCCAUCGUCUGGGCGACACGCAGCGAGCCAAACCUGCCGGGACCCGGAGUCGCGCCCGUCUCAGUCUGCCCCGCGCUGGCCUUUCGACCGCUAGUGGACCGCCUGGGUUUGGGGUCCCUGGUUCCUGUGGAGUUUUUUGGGAGCAGAAUCCUGAACUUCGUCCCCGAUGGAAACUCUCUGCAGCCGUUUGAGGUGGAGCAGGACCUGAGACACGCCCUCCUGCAGGAGCAGCCGUCCCUGCAGACGGAGGUGGGACUGUGGAGCAGCGACUUUGAGCUGCAGGAGAUCCUGAGGAAGGGGUCGUUCACCCUCCAGGGGCGACGGGUUCGAGUCUACCAGCCGGAGUACGAGGAGCCCUGGGCACUGGGCCUGGUUACCCAGCACAGCCUGGGCACCCACAUCAUGGAGGUCACCUUGGACCAGGUGCGCUGGCCUCCUGUCCCCUCAACCCCAACCCCUAAACCCCUACACAGCCACGCCACCCAAACCACCCCUGACCUACCACGCCCCACAUGCCAAACCUGA